AUGCCGCUGCUCACCGAGUUGCCCGCCGAGCUCCUGCACCACAUCUUCGUCGACGUGGACCCGAGGGAUCUCGGCCGCCUACCCCGCGUCUGCAACAAGUUCAAAAUCCACGUCCAGGGCAAUAGGAAGCUGUGGCAGGACGUAUACCUUAGACUUUUGGAUAAGCCCCAGAACGAUGACCAGCUUGACUGGGAGCAAGCCUUGCGUGAUGUUGUACGCCUCCAGCUGAUAUGUGCUCGCGAGACGACGGCAGGCAAGGAGCCGGAGCUGCCGUUUGUUCACCAAACCAUGACGCAGCUGCUGCGGCGCGCCUCUUCGCUCGGGCACACCAACGUCAACUCCAACACGCACAGCGCCUCGCGCAACGCCGAACUCCUGCGGAAGCUCGUGGAGCAGGAACCUUCGACGGCCGCUGCCUUUCUCGAGCGCUCCUUCUUGUUCGAACACGUACACUCCGUAUACCGUCAGGUCGUCACCAACCCCACCGAUGCCGCCGCCGGCGUCACAACUACCACCACCACCGUCGCCGACACGGAGACGCGUCAGCGCAGCGCCCACCUGCACUGCCUCUACGGCAAGGCCAUCCAGACAACCAGCGCCGAUGGCCUGGGCACGUACCCGUACGCCUGCUCGGCCGUCUACGACAUGCGCGGCCACACGGCGGCCACGCGCUGGGGGCCCUUCCGCCCCGACGGCUCCAUGCGCGUCGACUGGGAAAAGGUCGAGGCCGUCAUGGUCGUGCUCGGGUACAACGCGCGCUGCAAGCGUAUCACCGUCUCGCUCUUCAGCGACAUAUGGGCCACGCCCUUUUCGGGGUCCUGGGCAGGCAGUUUCCUGCCCGAUCCGCAUGCGUCGCCGUCAGCCUCUCCGCCGUCGGCGCUCAAACUCGCGGAUCCCUACGGUAUUACUGGCACUUGGUACCGGGUGGUGUGCUUUCUCGACUAUAACGACUUUUUCGGGUUCAACUUCCCCCCGGGCGACCAGAUGCCCGCCGGCCAGCCGCGUCCGGGAAUCAACGUCGGCGAGGCCACACGACUCAUCGUCUUGAAGCUACACGUUACCAAGAUUGAGGAUCCCGGCCCAGAAGACGGGCAGGAACUCCCGGUCGUGCAUUUUACCGGCCUCUCGAGGAUGCUGGAGGAGGACUUUGAUCCCAGCCCGUCUUCCAUACUAAAAGGUACUGUGCGGUUGACCAGGGAGGGCGAGGUCCGCUGGACUUCUUACUCCAUCUUCAACGGCGAGGAACGAUGGAAGAGCGAGGCGAUCCAGGUCGGCGGCGUGAGGUCGGCGCGCGGCGUCGUGGGCUUUUGGUUCGACAGCGACUACGACGCCCACGGGCCUGUGGGCCCAACAGCGCUCUGGAAGGUGAGCGACUCGCUGGAGCCGUACGCCACGGCCGCGGCGCUGCCGCCGGACCUCCUAGUGUACAGCGGCCUGCUGGGCUACGGCUCAGACUUUGAGGGCGAGAUGGACUACGAGGCGGGCGGUGAUGACGACGAUGAAGACGACGAGAUGGAUGAGGAGGAGGAGGGCAUUGACAAUGAAGCGCUUCAAGGCGAGCUGCCCGCACUGUUGCUCGAGGCGAAUAUGGACAUCGUUACGAUUGUGCCUCCUGGGGAGGGUGAGAAUUAA